AUGUUUAUCGCGUUCAAGGCCCAGGAAAAUGAACAGGGCCUGCGGAACCCUAAGCGCAAGAGGCGGAGCGAAAGGCUCAGCCGACGGGGCUCUACGCCUCAGGCUUGCACAUCAUGUCGUCGUCGCAAAAUCAAAUGCGAUGGCGAGAAGCCCUGUGAAGCAUGUCGGUGGUAUAAGAAGGCCGAGCUGUGCUGCUAUGCGGACGCUCGAACAUUGCAAAGCAACUCGGAAAAAGUGACAACACCGUCAGUCGACUAUCGAGGCACAUUGGAACGGCUGUUUCCGCAUACUGCCCCCGAAAAUAUUGUGCAUUUGUCAAGAGAUAAACUGUUGGAAUUGGUAGGCACGGGCCGAUCCCAAUAUGCACACCAUCAAGAUUCAUCGACUAUUUCCGCGUCCAUAGACACACAUCCCUCUGUGUUGUCAAUGGAAAGACCUGGUCUAGAAUCCUUGCACACGAUACCGGCGGAGCAACUCGAUGAACCUCAAUCUGGCAGCGCCACGGACUCCGGUGGACAUAUCUCAGACGACGUCAACGCGCUAUCCUUAACGCCUCGACCUCCUACCUCCUACCUAGGGGUUUCAUCUAUUCAGGCCGCAUUGAAAGUUAUUGCGUGGAUUCACCCGGAAAUUAACUCGUAUUACUCACGCCCAUUAUCGAAAAACCAAGGCGACCAGUCAGCCGACCAAUUUCCCCCGUCGCUGGAUACACCUCAGUCUGGGCUCCCACCCACGGAAACACAGCUGCUGGAUGCAUACUUUGCCAACUUCCAACCGUUUGCGCCACUUUUGGAUGAAGAAGCAUUCCGGACGACUCAUCUCGUUGGGUUUAGAAAGGAUGAUCGAUGGCUCGCAUUACUCAACAUUGUUCUCGCAUUGGGCAGUAUCAUGACCACCGGUGCCGAUAGCCAUGCCUAUCAGGGGUAUUUUGAACGUUCAAUGAGUUACUUGAAUCUACGUGCGCUCGGCAAUGCUAGUCUCGAAGUUGUCCAAGUCCUAGGGCUGAUGGGUGGAUGGUAUUGUCACUAUACUAACCAGCCAAAUCUCGCAUAUGCGCUUAUGGGUGCGUCUCUGCGGAUGGCGGUCACUUUGGGUCUGCAGCGGGAACCCUCCGAUAUUCAGUCGGGGCUUAACACCGCGAGAUCUGGAUUCCAGGAGUUCAAACGUCGUGUCUGGUGGUCACUGACCUGUUUGGAGACCUGGGGCCAUGAAACGCUUGGCCGGCCAAGCAUGGAUUUCUUUGCCCCGAGCAUUACUGUGAACUUGCCUAGCCGGCUUGAUAAGGAAACUUAUCUCGAGAUCCUCCCUUUGACAGAAAAUGUCCAAUUUGUGAAAAUUGCUUCGAAAAUUCAAGAAGCGUUAGCGGCGCUACCAACCCUAACGCACACGGAGAUGGUUGAACUGGAUUCGCAGCUUCUUCAAUGGUGGCAUGAUCUACCGCCUGUUUUGAAAGAUUACGAACCCUGUCCUGAAUCCCUAUAUUCUGUACGCACUGUCAUGCGCUGGCGAUUCUUCAAUCACCGCAUGUUAAUUUUCCGCCCAAUCCUGCUUAAUCAUUCCAUGCGACGAGUGCCAUUCAUGGCAGUCCGAGUCGAGGAACGCACCGCCAUUUUGAAAUGCCUUGAGAUUGCUGAAAUCUGCAUCCAAGACAUUUCAACGACGGCGAAAUUAAACCAAAUGCUUGGCUGGAAUGCGAUUUGGUUGUUAUUCCAGGCCACCAUGGUUCCAUUGCUCUGCCUAUCUGCUAGCAUUGCAGACAACGAUUCCGGGGCUUCAUUUGAAGCUUGCAAGACGCAAGUGGAGACUGCUAUGUCGACCCUGGGUCGCAUGAAAUCUUACGGACUCACUGCAGAACGCUCCCUUGAGGUAGUUUCGGCCAUCCUCGCGGCCAACCUGCAUGGUACUAGUGCAGAUCCGGUUGAUGUGAGCGGGACUAGUCCCAGUCCUAUGAACUCUCCUCCUCCGGACCCCAUUAACACUGCUCAACCAAUUCCCCGAGAUCGAUUUUCCGAUUUGACUGCUACUUCUUUCGAAACACUCUCGUCUCAAUAUAUGUGGGAGUAUCUGAGCUGGGAUCAUAGCAAUCUCUGGCCUGAGAUCUUUGAUCCUGAUUCCCAGAAUGAGAAUAUGGCAUUGUCAUUCUUGAAUUCCCCUGGGGGGAAUGUGUGA